UCGAACUAAUAUGGAUAGAUAGCAAUUUUCCAAAGGCUUCAUUUGCAGAGACAGAGAGCUCCAACAAUGGCUACUAGUACCACACCCUCAUCCCUCAUGCUAACGUACGCCUCCUCCUCUGUGCACCCACAAGACUUCACUCCCUCGCUCGUCUCCUUCAAGCCCAAGCCGCUCUUUAAAACUUUUUGUCUCUGCCCACUGGUUUUGAGGCCUAGAGAGAGAAGACCAAGCAAGUGGGUCAAUUUGAGUUUGUUAAAGGAAGCCAAGUUUGAGCCUUACCCUGUCGCUGCGGCUGCUUUGACUGCUGAGGCAGAGGUGGCUGAGGAUGUGGAUGAGGAUGAAGAAGGAAAAGGCGAUAGUUCUGUUACUGUUGCUGUUCCAAAGCCCAAGAAAGGGAAGGCUGCAUUGCUUUUAAAGAGGGACAGAACAAGGUCCAAAAGAUUCUUGGAAAUUCAGAAAUUGAGGGAAACCAAAAAAGAGUAUGAGCUGCAACCAGCAAUAGCUUUACUGAAAGAAAUGACCAAUACAAAAUUUGUAGAAACUGCUGAAGCUCAUUUCCGCCUCAAUAUUGACCCAAAAUAUAAUGACCAACAGCUAAGGGCAACUGUAAACCUGCCCAAGGGAACUGGACAGACUGUUAAAGUGGCUGUUCUUACUCAAGGUGAAAGGUUUGAUGAAGCAAAAAAUGCUGGAGCAGAUUUGGUUGGUGGAGAUGAUUUGAUACAACAGAUAAAAGAAGGAUUCAUGGAAUUUGACAAGUUAAUUGCUUCGCCAGAUAUGAUGCCCAAGGUCGCUAGCCUAGGAAAGAUUCUAGGACCACGAGGGCUCAUGCCAAAUCCGAAAGCUGGUACUGUCACACCUAAUAUACCUCAGGCCAUAGCAGAAUUCAAGCAGGGGAAAGUUGAAUACAGAGCAGAUAAAACUGGUAUAGUUCAUUUACGUUUUGGAAAAGCUGACUUUCCUGAAGAAGACCUUCUCGUAAACUUGCUUGCCGCAGUGAAAUCGGUAGAAACAAAUAAGCCACCAGGUGCGAAAGGUGUUUACUGGAAAAGUGCACAUAUAUGCUCAUCAAUGGGUCCUUCGAUUCGGUUAAAUAUAAGGGAGAUGCUCGAUUUCAAGCUUCCAACAAAUUGAAGAAUACUAACACCUGUACAUGUUGUCUUUAAAUUGUUCAUUCAGCCUCUUAGGUGCCACUGUCAAAACUUUGCGAAUGUAGUUAGUAAAGAUGGUAGGAGAGUAAGGGGAUGAAGAGAGAGAGAGAGAGGAGAGAGGGUGACCUUGAUGUUGUAUCUUGGUUGAGACUGUCCCUUAAAGAGAGCAUAUUACAGUCUCAUCUACCCGAGUGAGAGUGAGAAAGGCCAUGUACUAAUUUUGUGAUCAAUAUUAUCAACUCAUCACUUUUGAUUUUUUAUUUUUUUUAAUUAAUGAGGGAGAUUUUACUGU